UCAAAUAAUGAAUUCAGAGUAAAUCUAUUUUUUUAAUGGAGAAGCAAUACUUUUAUUCUGCAUCCCUCUAAAUGCUCUGUAGGUAUUUUUAAAAUAAUAUGGCUUUUAAUAAAGAUUAUCCAUAUUCAACCUAUAACCUCUAUUAUUUAACCAUGUUUAGGAAAGGCUUUCUAAACUUUUUCUGUUUAUUUUAACAUUUAUUUUCUCUCAAAUUAUGCAGUGUCACCAACGGGAGCAUCAUUAAUCACAAAAUUGAAAGAGGAGAACAAAUUGGCUAAGAUGAAAAUACAACGCCUGGAGGAGCGGGUGAAGCACCUGGAAGAGGCUAACAUCGAUCUCAAAAAGGACAAAGAUUUUCUGCUUAGUAGAUUUGACGAGAAGCCAGGUCCUUCUCACAAGAGUGCAAAGAAAGAAGUCAUCUCUACCUCCUCUGAAACACCCUCAGCCUCAUCCUCUGAUGAGUCAUUCUUCUCAGAGGAAGAAGAGGUUAAGGUAAAGGAGAAGAAGAAGAAGAGGAAGACCAAGAAGCCAAUGAAAACCUUAGAGCCACACAGUCGCUCAAGGAUGACAACCAUCGAUGGCGUGGUGCGGCGCUACAUGAGGGCUCUCAAGAGCUUCAAAAAAACUGGAUCCAUGAAGCGAGCCUUUGAGCAUUUGGGGGUGGACCGGAACACCAUAGCAAGGACCGCCCCAAUCGCUGAGGUCCACAUCAUUUUCCCAGACAUAUUUGAGGGUUUGAGUAAAGAUAGCCAUGACAAAAUCUCCACCUUCACAGAGAGGUGCAGGGAAGCCAUAACAGCAGAAAUGGCGAGCACACUGACGCACAAAAAAAAUGCAGGUGAACUACUGCCGAUCACUUACAAAAUGACCUAAUCAUUAGACAAUUGGCUUUAUGCACAGCUC